AUGGAUAAUGUUCCUCGCGAGAACCGGCUUCUCGUGUACAGGCUGUGCUGCAUUUGGGGGCUUGUCAUUGGAUCUUGGGCUGUGCUGCAGGUGACGACACCGCUUGUGUUGAAGGACAUUGUGGGAAAGGAAGUUGCGCCUACCUGGCAAGGCGUGAUGACCGCAACGACGGCUGUAAGUGGAAUGCUGUUCUGUGGCCUUGUCGGGCACUACUCAGAUCGCUUGGGGCGCCUCGAGUUUAUGUCACCUUGGAUGGUGUUUUUCUUUUUUUCCACAGUCUUGGUUACCUUUUCUGAUGUCUUUCGCGUUAUAUAUCCACUGUGGGUCGCGCGUGUCGCUGCGCUGUCGAUUCCAUCUACGGUGUUGCACGCGUUUUUGUCAGAUCAUAUCAGCGGCAAUGCGCUUCUGGAGUCGUUCAGCUACCUUGGAGCCACAUUUGGCGUUUCGAUGCUCUCAUCUUCACUCUUGUGUGGGUUGAUUGGGUGGUACUACUCGCGUGUGGCUUCGCUAAUGUAUGGGUCCUGUCUAAGUGGCAUAGCAGCAUUACUUACGUUGAUGACGAAGGUGCCAGGCGUGUCGCGCUUCAAUUCACCGGUCACGAAUUCGAAAACAGAGUCCAAAGCAGAGUCCAAAACAGAAGCGACAGCACUGUUUCGUUUUGGAGGUGUGAUGAAUAGCCUUCGUGUUGUCUGUAAGGACACGCUUCUGCGGAACCUUAUACUUGCUCUUGCCUUGCUGCGCGUUGGUAAUGUGAACACUCACAUGAUGCUUGUUCUUUUUGUGGAUUAUAGACUGGGAUGGGGUCUAAUGGAGGUGAGCGCCUUGACAGGUAUUUCAGCCGCUCUUGCCGUGGUGUUUCAACUUGUUGGUAUUAAGUGCGUGGUCACGAGCAAUGUUGUCCUACCCGUUCUUUUCAUGACGUUGGCGCUGGCUCCUGUGGUGGCAGCAGGGUAUGCCAUGGCGAUGACUGGAUUCCAGUUGUAUGUGGUUUCCCUACUGAGUGCAAUGACAACACUCGCAUCCACCAUAUUCAAUGCAAAGGUCGCGGCGCUCGCAUCGGACAACGGUGUUGCUGGAUUAGCGUUGGGGUGUGUGGGCACCGUGCAGAACCUUUUGGAGAUUGUGGCCUCACUAUUCCUUGGUAGGUUGAUGUCGUGGUCCUUCGUGAAUUACCCUCCGACGCAUAUAUUGAGUGGUCUCCCGUUUCUUGUGAAUGGGUUAUUCUUGACCUCUGUCGUAGUAAUUGUGCUUUACUCCCACAGGCGUUAUGGGGCAGGAAGGGUUUCAUGGGAGGAGGGGAUGGCGGUUAGUUGA